CUGCCCCGAGGGCAUGCCGGGAGCUGUAGUCCUGCCGCCGAGGGCACGCUGGGAAAGGCAGGCAGCGGCCCGCCACGCGCCUCCCGGGGCACGACGGGAAGGGCGGGCGGUGCGCGAGGAGGAGGAGGAGGAGGUGGCGGGCGGGAAGAUGGCGGCGGCGGCGGCGCCGGCGCAGCCCUGGAGCGCGGAGGAGCUGCGGAGCGAGGCGCUGCCCAAGAAGGACAUCAUCAAGUUCCUGCAGGAGCACGCGGCGCAGGCGUUCCUGGCGGAGCACAAGCUGCUGGGGCAGGUGAAGAACGUGGCCAAGACGGCGAACAAGGAGCAGCUCAUCGCGGCCUACACGCAGCUCUUCCACACGCAGCGCUUUAAGGGCACGGAGGGCGCGGAGAAGGCGGCGGAGAAGGCGAAGCCCGCCAAGGCGGAGGAGGCCAAGGAGAAGGCGGCCAAGGCCGAGGAGGCCGUCGAGGAGGGUCCACCAAAAUAUACCAAAUCCAUUUUAAAGAAGGGUGAUAAGACCAACUUCCCGAAGAAAGGAGACACUGUUCAUUGCUGGUAUACAGGAAAAUUACAGGACGGAACAGUCUUUGAUACCAAUAUUCAAACAAGUUCAAAGAAGAAAAAAGCAGCCAAACCUUUAAGUUUCAAAGUUGGCAUAGGAAAAGUUAUCAGAGGUUGGGAUGAAGCUCUCUUAACAAUGAGUAAAGGAGAGAAAGCUCAACUGGAAAUUGAACCUGAAUGGGCUUAUGGCAAGAAAGGGCAGCCUGAUGCUAAGAUACCACCAAAUGCCAAACUUUUCUUUGAAGUGGAAUUGGUGGAUAUUGAGUGAAGUGAAGAAUUUUCUUUGCUGCUGGGAAUCCAUUUAUGAGCAAGAAAGCCUCCAACAACUGCAGUUUUGCUCUUGUAACUUCAGGAUAUAGUUACAACUGUGGCCUUGUAUUGAAAUCAAGUUUUUUUUUCCCCCCCCUCAACUGCUGUACAGUAACAUACCACUAAAGAAACAUAGUUUAUACAUGCAAA